GCGGACAAGACGCUUUCUUCUGUAGUGACAGUAGCCUACCCUUGGGUCGAAUAGGAAAUGUCUACUCAUUGAUCACUCUGGCAAUGGAGAGCAUAUUUGCUUUCUGAGAAGUAUAGCCUGAGCGAUAAAGCAAUAUACGGAGACCGUCCAUCGUUUAUCUAACUGAUAAACAAGUUCAGUGGAAGUGGUAGACCAGACUAGUUGCAGAGAUGGCCCAGUGGCUAAGGUUGCAGCAGCUCGACCCCAAAUACCUGGAGCAGGUGGACCAGCUGUACGAUGACACCUUUCCAAUGGCAGUGCGGCAAUACCUGAGCACCUGGAUCGAGAGCCACGACUGGGAUUAUGCAGCCAAUGUGGACAAUGCUUCCUGUGCGACGCUGCGCUUUCACGACCUCCUACAUCAACUCGAUGAUCAGUACGACCGCUUCGCCCUGGAGAAGGACUUCUUGUCUCAACACAACAUCCGCAAAAUCAAGCGCAAUCUACAGGCUCGUUUUGAGGAUGAUCCUGUUAACAUGGCAGUGAUCAUUAGCCGCAGCCUCAAAGAGGAAAGACACAUCAUCAUCAAUGCAGAGCAAACAGAGAAAACACAACCAAGUUCACAGACUGACAUGGUGCUGGAGAAACACAAGGAGCUCGACAACAAAGUCAAGGACAUCAAGAACCGGGUGCAGGAGACAGAAACGAACAUCAAAAACCUGGAGGACCUGCAGGAUGACUACGAUUUCAAGAAGAAGGAUUUAUCAUGUCGAGAAGAAGGAAACACCGCUCCUCAGAAAGAGGACCUGAAGCGGCUCAAUCUGCACAUCUACGGCCUCUUCAUGAACCUGAACAACAAGAGGAAGGAGGUGUUGAGUCAGAUGGCGGGUGUGCUAAACUUGGCCGAGCAGAUUGAGCACGAGCUCAUCUCCAUGGAGCUGCCCGACUGGCGACGGCGCCAGCAGACGGCCAGCAUCGGCGGGCCGCCCAACGUGUGUCUGGACCAGCUGCAGAACUGGUUCACGGUGGUGGCUGAGUGUCUCCUUCAGGUACGCCAGCAGCUAAGGAAGCUUCUUGAACUGGAACAGAAGUGCACGUACGACUCUGACCCCAUCACCCAGAGCAAGACCUCGCUGGACGAGAGGACAAUGAAUCUCUUCAAGAAACUCAUCGUCAAUUCCAUGGUAGUGGAGAGGCAGCCGUGCAUGCCCACGCACCCGCAGAAGCCCAUGGUGCUGAAGACUGGAGUGCAGUUCACAGUCAAGCUCAGACUGUUGGCCAAACUCCAGGAGUUGAACCACACCGUCAAAGUGAAGGUCUUCUUUGACAAGAGCGUGACGGAGAAGAGGAAGGGAUGUCGCAAAUUUAAUAUCUUGGGCACCAACAUGAAAGUCAUGAACAUGGAGGAGUCCAACGGCAUGACGGCCGAAUUUCGCCAUCUGCAACUCAAGGAGCAGAAGGUGCAAGGCAGAACCAACGACGGGCCCCUGAUCGUGACCGAGGAGCUCCACAUCUUUAACUUCGAGGCAGAACUCUGUCAUGGCGGACAGGUCAUCAAACUGGAGGCCAGCUCCCUGCCUGUAGUGGUCAUCUCCAACGUGUGCCAGCUGCCCAGUGGUUGGGCCUCCGUCAUGUGGUACAACAUGCUGACCACCGAACCCCAGAACAUGCUGUUUUUCAUGAAGCCGCCACAGGCCACGUGGAGUCAGCUCUCGGAGGUCCUCAGUUGGCAGUUCUCCUCCGUCACCAAGCGGGGACUCAAUGGGGAACAGCUCAACAUGCUGGGGGAAAAGCUUCUGGGGCCCAAGGCAGCGCAGGAUUCAGAGGCUACUGUGUCCUGGAAUAAAUUCUGCAGGGGAGGCAGUGAGCGGAACUUCACCUUUUGGCUGUGGAUUGAUGCUAUUCUGGACCUCAUCAAGAGACACCUGCUGUCCCUGUGGAAUGAUGGAUGCAUCAUGGGUUUUGUGAGUAAGGAUCGUGGGAAGGUCCUGCUAAAUAACAGGGCCCAGGGCACCUUUCUGCUUCGCUUCAGUGAGAGCAACCGGGACGGAGCCAUCACCUUCAGCUGGGUAGAGCUGGGCACCAACGAUGAGCCCCAGGUGCGCUCUGUGGAGCCCUAUACUAAGAAGGAGCUGCAGGCUGUCACCCUUCCGGACAUCAUCCGAAACUACCGCGUGAUGGCCGCAGAGAAUAUUCCGGAGAACCCCCUGCGUUACCUCUACCCCGACAUCCCCAAGGACACCGCCUUCAAGAAGUACUACACCAAGCCUAAAGACAAGCCAGAGCCCAUGAACGUGAAGAGUCCACUGGAAGGCUACAUCAGGACGGAGCUCAUCUCAGUGUCUGAAGUUCACCCCUCCCAGCUGCAGGAGAGCAUGAUGCCGUUAUCUCCAGAGGUGUUUGGCGAGUGGGAGCGAAAUAUGCCGCCCGAUUUGACUCCGCUGAUUGAGGAGAUGCAGAAACAAAAUUUCCAAGCAGAUUACAUUGACGAUGAUUGCAAGAUGGAGGUGCAGUGAGGUUGAGAGGAAGACGUCCCCAUCACAUCACAACACUGUUCCAUCUUUUACACCCUCACUUCCCCGUAGUGGCAAGAGCAGACUACAGGAAUCAGUGACCUCUGACCGCUUCUCUCACAACUUCCCCAGUGGUGCUCGGACUCGAACUGACCGUUUCCUUCAGCUGCUAGAGCUAUGCAGAGCCACUGGUCUGUUCUUGCCGACCAGGUGCCUUUCCCCAGGUGAACACACGCGUCCUGUCGACUCUUCUGUAUGCACACUCUGAUAAAAAGGACUGAGUUUAUCUCAAUUUAUACCUGUAAACUUGUGUGCCCUUUUAGUUGUUUCUACUCUGUCUUCCUUCCACCAUAAAAAAAAGGAACCAAUAAUUAGUCAGGCCAUGAUUUUUGUUUUUUAAACCUUUUAUUUUGUAUUUGUCAGUGAAAUAAAUAAUUUCAAAAAGCCUGCGACAAGUUCACACAUCCAUAAUUAAGCACAGGAAGCUAAACGUGGAAGGGUGGGAAGAAAACAGGAAACUGGAACAUUGCUGCAGUACAUUCAGAUCCGUUCCCGACGAGGCAUCACUUGCAUCUAGCCAAUUAAAUAAUAGUGCAUUGGGGGUCUCCAUGCAGUCCGAUAGUUUUAAUAGAAUAAGCUCAAAACCAGGAUAUGAGGAUUAAAACUCACUCUAAUAAUGCUAUAUUCACUGAAGUACCAUGGACCUACCAAAGUGAUAUUUGCUAGUAUUCUGAUAUUUUCCCCAAUGUCAUGUUGCUCGCAAUGUCUGUAUAUUGUUCACCGCUAUCACACCACACCUAUCGUAUUCGUCUUAACGUAACACUUAAAACAAAAACGUUAAAACACACACACUCACAUCAUUUUACACAAACAUAAUUGUCAACAGUUACUCCAUCACAAGAUUUACAGCAGGACAAGAGAAUCUGUCUGGUGAUGAGCGUGUGUGUAUUUGUACAUCUUAGUUACUUUGUACAGUGAAAACAUUCAGUGUGCAUUUAUCUACCUGCUCUACUACUGUAGCUUCAUUAACAGUGUAGUCUGCUGUAUGUGUCUGGCCUACUGGGGAAAUAACACGAUAAUCAUCGAAUAAUUAAGAAUUUGGAUGCAACUCGGCCUGUGCACUUUAAUAUUGAGUAAUGCUUCCAGCAAAGUCUAUUUGUGUCCUGUAUUAUUUUGUUAUUUGACACUUUAUGAUAUAUGUCUAUUUCUGUCUUUCAAGCUGCAAUAAAACUGAGUUGUAAGGUC